CAGCAGGAGUAUAGACCAAGUAUAUGGGCAGUUCUACUUCAUCAGAUACCUCACGUUAACAUAUCCUUUCAUAGGAUACAUGAUGACAGUUUUCGUCCUGAAUCCGAACUAUACCUGGAGAGUUUGGGAAUUAUUGGAUCCGUCCCUGCUGCUUGGCUAAUCUUCACCCUGAUACUCCUUCUCAUAUACCUUCUCACACGCUGCUGUGAUACUAAGAAUAAUAAGAAGCGUAAAUCCCGCCCAGUGCGGUGUUGUCUCUCCUUCUUCUCCCUGGUUUGCUGUGCUGCUCUAGGAGCUGGGUUCUGGGGGAAUCAUGUUGUUCAUGAGGAGUCACAGAAGUUUACUCAAGCUACAGAUCAUAUGUCCAGGCUCAUAGAACACGCUCAAUCACAGGCGAAUAAGUUCAAUGAGGUUCUCUCCCAACAGGUUCGGGGGAACUUAAACAAGCUCUACGACGGAACUUUCAAAUCUGUAUCCCAAUAUCAGGAUAAAGGAGCACACCAGGAGCUGAUGGAGCAUGCUGAAUUCAUCCUCGGCAAUAUCACCUACGGGUUGAAGGCCAUGGAUAGUGUUAGGUUUAGGUUACUGGAUAAACAGGAUAAACCUAUCUCUAUUCAACAAAUUCCUAGAGAAAAAGUGGAGAUAGUACGGUGGCCUGUAACGAUGACCCUGCUGGGAGUAUGCUCCGUGUUUUGUCUUCUUCUCUUUAUCGGAGCAAUCGUUCACUCCCGGGGCACCUUGAUUCUCUUCUCCGUCUGCGGUCUCUUCUCCAUCAUCUUGCUCUGGCUCAUCACUGCGGUCUACAUCACCCUAGCUGUAGCUGUAGCAGAUUUGUGUACUGAUCCGAACCCAUGGGUUGAACGAAGCUUGAAAUCUGAGUAUAAUGUGUCGGUAGAGAUAUCCAACUACUACCUCAGAUGUACUCCCAAUAGGGUGAAUCCGUUCGAGACUGGACUACAGGAGGCGCAGAACGCCGCAUUGAAGAUUGAUACCUACGUGAAGAUUGUAAGCCGAAUCUCUCGGAAUCUGUACGGGGACAAGGAUCUGAACCCUUCACUGGACCAGCUAGUUACUGGAUCUCAGCAGACCAUUAAUAUUAUGGGAGAACUAAACAAUAGUUUGAAAUGUGACCAACUUUACAGGUUAUACAACGCCGCUCUGGUCUCAACUUGUGACCAAGGACUGUUUGGACUCCUUGUCAUGCUCGUCUCUGCUGCACUCUGCGCGCUAGUGUUUACACUUCUCGUCUGGUGUAAUUCACAUACUUGGAUAUACUUCAAGCACAAGGGGAAAUACGUCAAGGUUGAUGAUCAAGAUCCCUAUAUGCCUCUGUCAACUAUUGACCGUGGGCGUGCCCCUAACCUAGGAGGCGGGCCCCCAACAUACCAAAGGUCUAGGACCAUACAUACCCCACCUCAGACUCCGCCUUAUCACGGCACUCUCAACGGACAUGGACACGCCCCCUUCCCUGGUAAAAAUGGCACUAUGGAAAUGAAGGCUCCUAUAACUGCUCCGCCCACUGUGCACGCCGGUGUUGGCUACGGACAUAUUGGAACUCUGAACCGUGGAAUGGGUAUGGGUCCUCCUCCUCAAGGAUUCAUGAAUCCAACCCAUCACGGAACCCUGGGCAGACCUAAACCUCAGAACCCUGGAUACUCAACGUAUGGUGGAGUGCCGGGUGGAGCAGCUAGUACCAUGACCCUCGGCCGACGAGGUCACUAUGCUUCCCUUCGUGCCACCAGGGCCGUAGAUAAUGAUCUACCUUUGCUUGGUCCUAACCAAGGACAGUACGCUACUCUCUCUAAAGGUUGCAAAACCCUCGAGUCAGCUGAUUUCUACUAAGCAGCUGAUCCAUCGAAAAUUUCGUGGAUUUCUAAUUAAUUAAAAGCUGAUUUCUACAUAACAGUUCGAGAAAUCUCGAUUUCGUCUACAAAAUCAGCAAUGCUUGAAAAUCAGCUAGAUUUUAGCUAUAAUAUUAAAACUUCUAAUCAGCAGAAAUUCUACUUCCAACCUUUUCCAACCUCAAGUUUUCAAUGUCACAAACUCGUGAUCAGGAUAUAUAAACUAUCAGUGCUGGGCUCAGCUAAUACCUAGCAUGGGCUCAGAUCCUAAAGACGACCCUUGGCUCAGAUCCCAUCAAACCUAGGAUCAGAUCAUACCUAGUCUAGGCUCAGAUUCUCCCUGGCCUUGGCUCAAACGUCCUGAGCUGAGCACAUCCAUUCUGAACACGUGAUUUGAAUCCCUCUGCUGAGUAAGAAAUUAUUAGCCAUGCAGAAAGUUGCCAAAUGUCUGAAAAUAAAAAAGAAUAUUAUUGUGAUCUCUCCAUCAUCAAAACUGUUUCAAAAAAUGACUGUUCUCCUUUUAUAGUGAAUCAAUUUACUCUUCCUUUAAGUGACCAUUCUAGCCCUGAACCUUUCGCGGAUUUAUCAUAUUUUGCGGCAUUAUCUUGAAUCUUCAUAUUGGAAGCAGCUGAGAAGACAAAAUUCAAAUUUUUUAAAUUAUCUUUUUUUUUGUAUUAUUGUUAUUACAGCAUUCAAUAGUUUGGUGAGUUUCAUCAAUGCAACUGUACAACAAAUGUUGUACCGUAAGUCAAAUUAUCAAAAUGUUGCACUCAACAUUUGACAUAAAUUUCUUAAUUGUAUCAUAUGUCAACUUUUUGUUUUGUUUUAACAGAAUUAAACCAAUAUUUCUUAUCUUUGUAACUACAUAAAGACGUUUCAUGUACAGUUUUGAUUGUACAGAUGUACAUAACUGAAACUAAAAAGAAAAUUUUGUCUUUCCGUGCCCCCGCCAUUUUUUAGUUUAAUUAAACCAUUUUAUAAUUCAUAACAUAAUAAUGUAAACCUUGUACAUAUUACGUACAUACUUAAUAUAUUUAGUUCUGGUAAUAACUUAAAUAUAUGUACACUCUACUGAA